AUGGCUGUGAAUAUCGAAAAAGCAGAGGAAAUUGUGAGCUAUAGAGGAACCAAGAAGCAUUUGAUGACACAGAAGAAGCUGCUACAACAGGUCAUUGAUCAAGUCCAAUAUCGGCGCAGAAUGAUACAUGACUACUUGACCACCGUAGACAUCAUUUCCCAGCAGUACAAUCGAAGAAAAAGUUCUCUGGAGCAACUCAUUCAUCAUUUGAAUGAUCGAGGUCAUGCAUUGGAUCAAGGGCUGCAAAAGAUCAGUCAUCAGCAAAAGGAAUUGCAAAGAAAACAGAUACAUUUGGAGCAAGAUUUACAAUUUGCUAGAGCCAUUGCAGAAAAAAGUCGAGAAAAGAAGAUUCGUUGCGAGCAACACUACCAUGCCGUUGUUUCAGUGCCUCUCCUUUCAGCGCAAUCCAAAAAGCGCUACCUGAAAGCAAGAGACAUUAAUGCAGAAGCCGAGCAACAAGUCUCCGAGAAACGAGAAGCGCUCGAAAAAUGUCGAGCCCAUCUCAAACUCAUGUCCAAAACAGUAUCAGCUCAGUUUGACGAACAAGAUCAAUUAUGCACUCAACGAAGAGGAUCUGUGGAUACCAUCAUGACAUCGACACAGCAGCUAGCUUACUUAAAACAAGGAUGCGAGUUCUGGUCAGGAUUUGACAGCUAUCAGGCCCAGGUUGUUUUGGAAUCUGCAAUUUAUUUGUCUGAUCUGGAAAAUCAGCCCAGCAAGAAGAAGAAGACAAACAGUGAUGCACUGGAUAUACAUCAGGUUUGGACAAAGACAUUCAAGUUGGCUUGCUUUGAAUAUGGGGAUCGAGAAAUGUAUGGGGAUACUCGUUGGAACCCAAAUGUACUGGAAGUCAAUUUUGAUUGUGAUAUGUGUCAAACGUCUCAAACAGGUUGGCCAAAGGUGAUAAGAGAGUACGAACUGGCUUGUGAUCUGUGUUAUAGUACUAUCGAAGAAGCAGUAGAUUGCCCCAUCAAGAUGAUAAAAGACAUCAAUAGUGUUAGCAAGACAACGAUCCAACAGUAUUGCUAUCCGAGCAGCAGUAAGAUGAAAAAGUUAGUGAGCAGUUUCUUCCAUCAGCACUCCUCCAAGGUUAAUCCUGCCAUGUAG